AGGGCAUCACGGUAGGUAUAAGUAUCUGGUGUCCUCGUCUGCUGGAAUGUCGUCUUUGCCUCCCCUUCUCCUCCACCACCCACGGUCCCGCGCAUACUUUCUUUUCCGUCUUUCCUUCGUCGUUUCCUUGCUCAUUUUCAUUUUGUCUUUGUCUCCCCAAGAGUCAACUGAGGAACAGAAGAGGGAACAUAUAAGCGACAACUCUCUAGCUCCAAUAUGCACGCCCCGACCUUCCUAGUCACUAUGGCCGCGGCCGCGACCACCCUAGUUUCGGCAAUGCCCGUCGCGGACAGCAAAGCCUCCGCUAGCCACACCGGCGUCUCUCCCCGAGCCUUCUGGAACAGGAAGAAGAAGGACGACGCGGCCGCAGCCCCGGCCCCCAGUCAGCCGGCCACCCCAGCAGAGACGUGCCCGACGUUCUCGAGCCGCAAGGGAGCCGUGACGGCAACCGGCGAUGGCCACUGCUGCCUUCCCGGUCCUAAAAAUGCCCUUAACUGCUGUACCAUAAACGGCACCCCAAAAAUAGACGGCACCUCGGAGCUGCGAUGCGAUAUUCCGGCUUGGAAGUCGGCCGAGGCCUGGCAAAUGCUCUUCGACUGCAACAAUCACAUUCUCAACGCGAGGACGUGCUCGGCCGAGCGCGUCCCUCGCCUAUCGGAAAUCCUGAGGGCAACCCAGGCUAAACCCGUCAAGGACCUGAACCCGGCGCCGGCACCAAAGCCCGCUCCGCCCAGCAAGGUCCCGCCCGCCGCCGCACACCAGAUUGCAGACAAGCCUAGCAGCAGGCCUCUCGACAGGAAUAGGCAGAACCCAGGAAAGUCUCGUCUGGGCAAGGAGCCCAACGGCAACCCGGCUCCCGCCGAAUCCACGCCCGCCGAAUCCACGCCCGCCGCAUCCAAAACCACGGCUUGAAGGGGUUGCCAGCCGCGCAGUGCUUUAGAGAUGAUCGAGAUGUGUUUCUUGGGGAUACGUGAAAUGUUCCCGCUCCCUGUUUCUUGUUUUUCUUUUUUCUUUUCCUUUUGUACUUCCCCUUUUCCCUGUUUUACUUAGAUUCUCGGACUAUGCGAUAUAAAGACCUUUUUACGCCAAGUUUUGCUUUCCUUUCAAAGUAAUGUCUUGGUUUGAUUUCGUGGACUGUAGCGCAUGUAUCAGCUGCUCACCAACCGAAGAAUUCACUGCUGGUGGCAGCGCGACCGUUACUCUUCCCGCAUGGUGGCUCUGCCGUGCUUCCAUUUAAAUGUGGCGUCCAUGGUUGGACAGAAUUUGCCGGGUUGCAUUGGACAUAACAUUUAAUUGCAAUCACAUCAUCGUACCUUGGAUUUCGCAAGGCUCGAAUGGAAGCCGCUAUGUAGAGGCGGUUAGAAGUAGAUAGAAGCGGGCUCACUCAACAGCUAGAGCCGUGCGUGUGCGUUCAUCUCAGCUGCGCGCUCCCUUAC